GGCCGCGAAGCGGCGCAGGAGCGGGCGGAGGGAGCGCUUCCUGCGGCAGGCGGCCGCUUCCUGCGGCGUCUCUGCGUCCGGGAGACGGGGUAGCGCUCAGCUGCGGGAACUGGUCUCCGCUGUCCGCCCCGCCUGCCUCCGCUCAGGCCCUGCAUGAAAGGAUACAUGUUCACUUCAAGUAGAAAGGAGCAUGUUCCCAAAUUCUUCCAACUUGGGUCGUCCACCCUUCUCUCCAAAAUAUCAACAACAGAGUACCUUCUUCACUAAACUUCCUCUAAAUAUACCUCCUGCUCUUCUUUCUCACCAGCAAAUUAUCGUUCCUCCAUUUCAGUUUCGCAGUGCAGUUCUUUCUAGAGCUCUUUUGAGUGGGAACACUGAAGCUACUCCAGCUGUUGCUCCAGUUGUUACACUGCAACCAAUGGCUUAUGGAAAUGUCAGCCCAGUGUCUAGGUCGGAUGCCCUCACGUCAUUUCAAGGAAGAAAGAGACAGAAUCAACAGAGAGUUCCAGAUGAUGCCAAACGGCAGCGGAUUCAUUCGCAUGAUUCUGACACAGCUGUAGUUAACCAAGCAGUGCCUUUACCAGAAGAACGUAGAUGCUCAUUCCCAGCCUCAAUUUCGGCUCAGUCUCCAGGGUUGCGCGCGCGUGGCUCACCAGCCUUAGUCGGAUGUGUCCCUCCGUUGCAAGAUACUUUGUUUCCAGAUGCUACAGAAAGCAGGCUCCCUGUUGCCAAUGACAAGUUAAGUCAACAGGUUUUGGAGUUGUUUCAAGCAUGUCGGCAACAGGCCUCUGAUUUGGACAGAAAAGAGCUCUGCAGAACGGAACUCCAGAGAGAAAUUCAACUUAUCUUUCCACAGAGCAGACUAUUUUUGGUUGGGUCCUCACUGAAUGGAUUUGGCACUCGUACCAGUGAUGGUGAUUUGUGCCUGGUGGUUAAAGAAGAUCCAGUGAAUCAGAAGACUGAAGCAAGACGUAUACUCAGCUUAGUCCAAAAAGUCUUCAGUACUAAACUUUCAAGCUACAUUGAGCGACCUCAGCUGAUCAGAGCAAAAGUGCCAAUAGUGAAAUUCAGGGAUAAAGUCAGCAAUGUGGAUUUCGACUUGAACGUAAACAAUGUGAUAGGUAUAAGAAAUACAUUCCUUCUGAGAACCUAUGCAUUCAUUGAGAAUCGAGUUCGUCCAUUAGUACUUGUUGUUAAGAAGUGGGCAAGUUUUCAUGAGAUAAACGAUGCCAGUCGUGGUACUUUAAACAGCUAUAGUCUUGUGUUGAUGGUUUUGCACUAUUUACAGACCUUACCUGAGCCCAUCGUUCCGUGCCUCCAAAAAAAUUACCCAGAAUGUUUUGAUCCUACUAUGCAGUUGCAUCUUGUUCAUCAAGCUCCACGUACCAUUCCUCCUUACAUCUCAAACAAUGGAUCAAGUCUUGGAGAUUUGCUAAUAGGCUUCUUCAAAUAUUAUGCCACAGAAUUUGAUUGGAGCCAUCAAAUGAUUUCAGUUCGCGAGGCCAAGGCUAUUGAAAGACCUGAUGGUGUUGAAUGGAGAAACAAAUUUAUUUGUGUAGAAGAGCCCUUUGACAGGACAAAUACUGCUAGAGCUGUACAUGAGAAACAGAAGUUUGAUAUGAUCAGAGGUGAAUUUUCACAGGCUUGGAGGUUAUUACGAGACAAGAAAGACCUGAACUGUGUAUUACCUUUAAAAGGAGCCAUACUGAAAAGAUAACUAGUUUCUUUCAUAUUCCCUUUUUUUGGAUCCUGCUGAAAUAAAGAACAGUGCCAAAAUCAGGAGGCACUUACCCCAUCGUUUUUGUGACCUGUUUUUCUCUGUUAACUUUUGUUAAGGAAAUGUUUAUAAGGGUGUGGCAUAUUUUAUUAUCAGUAUUUGUUAAUACAACUGUUCAUUCAAAGAUAUGCUUUCUGAAAAUGCUUGCAUUGUUGAUUUCUACUCACAGCAAACAAGAACACAUCUAUAUUAAGGAACACAUGGGGAUAAACUGACUUGUUUCUUGCAUGAUCUGUGUAACCAGUAAUUCAGGCAGAUUUAACCAUGAAAUAUAGACAUUCAAGGUUAAACCACGUGCAAAUCUGACUACAUCCUUAAGGCACUGUGCACUACCAACUUCUUGAUGAAGAGAGUCUGUGCUUUACCUGCUUAAUUGCAGUAUGCGCCUCUGCUCAACUUAGCACUUUCCAGUUUAAUUUCAUUUUUUUCUUGGAAUAACAAGCAACUGUUUAUGAAAAUGAAGCUAGAUUAUGGUUGCUAGUACUCUGAAUAUAAAGAACUAUGAUCUAAACUGGAAUUUUCAAGCAACAGUUGUACUACGAAGAAGUUGAAGAAAAAAGGCUCAAUUCAAUGCACAUAAAUGCUUCACAUUCACACAGAGUAGGAAGGAAAAUUUUUAGGGCUUCCUUUUACGUAUUUGAAGUAGUAAUGAUGUCUCUUGGAGAAAAAUACCAAAUCAAAAUCAAAUCAGUGCUAUAAUAAGCUGGGCUUCUCAUUUGAUUUUAUGUAAAUUUUUGUGAAUUGGUCAGCCACUGUAAAUUGAAUGUGUAUAAGUAAUAUUGAAAAUUACAGCUCAUCCAAAAAAAUUGCAAACCUUCUCUUAAACCUCCUAUAGCACAAAUUGUGUCUCUCAUAUAUAGUUCAUGUAUUGAAAACCAAUUAAUUUUUAAGACUGUAUUUACCAGUGAUAUCAAAUUCGUACACCCAUUUUUUUAAGUUUAGUAUUUUAUAUGGUGUCCAGUGAAAUGAAGUUUAUAUAUGGAAGAUACGGGUUAUUUUUCCAAUUUAUGUUGUUUUGUACUGCAUAUUUAUAAUAUUUCCUAUAAUUAAGUAGACUAGGAAAUGCCCUGUGAGGUAAAACCCAUGUUGCAAUUCAUUAAGAUCUGUCACGGCUGUUCUGCAGUACAGCUGUAAAUAGGCAAAAGUUUGGUUUAUUACAUUCUCUAACAAGAUUGUGAAAACCCUUAUAACUGUAAAAUAGCAAGCAUUAUGUCUUGUUGUGCAAACUUCUAAGUUUUAGUUUAUUUAGAAGUUUUUAGUACUGUAAACUAUAUGCCUGAUGUGAGAUUACUUUCUACACAAUUUGUCACAGUCUAAUCUAUGUAGAAUUUUGCCUUGUCUCUGCAGUUGAGUUUCCUUCUGCAACUUAAACUGUCUUUCAGUUUUUAUAUGACUCUAGCAGUUCAUUGAAAUGUUCUUCCUCCUUGCAUAUGUUCACCCUCGCUGCCCUUUCCUUUAGGAAAAACCCGUGUGUCAGUGAAACAUUUACUUUGCUUCACUUUAUGUAGAAUUGAAGCACAAGAUUUUAGGACAGGAUGAUUUCUGAAUUCAAAGAUCAUGUACAAGUUCUGUGUAGAUUCUGGGAAAAGGGGAUGUUUGCUAUAUCUUUUUAAAAAAGACAUUGGCUAUAUCUUUGUCUAGAAAAAUUAAAACUUUCCUGACCUAGGAUAAAUAAGAAGAGACAAAUGUUUUAAGUUGGUAAAAAUGUAUUUUAAGUGAGCUGAAUGUGAGAAACAAAGCUUUAUAAAAGGCAUAAAACUUUUUUGAGUUUGUAUUGCAUCACCUUAAUGUGUCAACAUUUCUUGCACCUUAAAUUAUGCUUCUUGUUUGAAAUAACUUCUUCCUAACUGUUUUUUAAAGGUUAGGUUAAAAAAUUGUGGUGUCUCUGAGGUACUCUAUAAAAAUUGCCCUACUAAUUGAGUGUUAUUUUUAAUACAAGUUAAGGUCUGUAUCCACGAUGGACUGUGUCUUUCAAUAGAAUCCUUUGGUAUUUUUUUUCUCAAGUUAAUGUCCUCCUGAUAAGCCAUGUCUAUAACGAGAAAUUCUAGAUGGUCGUUUCCCCCAGUUUUUUUGGAACAAGCCUGUUGAUAACAUAUUUGUUAAAUAUAGGACUGCAACUUUUGUCAGAAAACUUCAGAUAUAAUAGCACAAAAUAAAUGACCUCAGGAGAGUGGGUAGGAGCUGGACUUUAACUUUGGAUUCAGUUCUGUAUAGUCUGAAGUUGUUAGAGGUUUAAUGACCUGGGUUUUCAUCUACUCUGGGCAAAUAUCCAGAGUGAAAAAUUUACUAAUGGCUAUCAUAAAUUUUAUGGUUAGGGUAAAGUUUUCACCUUUCCUCAGCUUCAAAAUAAAAACUUUCACCUACUUAUCCCUUGGCAUACAUCCUAGCAGGAAUAGUUUUUUCUGAGAGCUAUUUGGUAAAAUAUAUUUUUCACAGCUGACCAAGAUUUCAGUGUGUGUGCAAGAUGCUGUCUUCUCUGGGAUUUGUUAUUGCCUUGAAAUAAAACUACUUUGGUUCAGCGCUUUUAUUUAUUUAAUUAUUAUUCUGACUCCGCUUUUUGGCAUUGGGUUUUCUUGUCUUUUCUCAUCUCAUGUCAGAAACCACUAGUGUCCUCUCUAGGAUUUUAAGAACUCAUUUUAGUCCUUCAUGACUAAAUUAACAGGCUCAGAGGUGUGCAGUAGGACCAAACGUUGGCAAGGGCUUCACAUUUGGUGACAAUAAUACAGAACUGGCAUAGGCUAUACACUGUGAAACUUAAAGUUUCUCUUGUAGCUCUUGCUGUCACUUGUCUUGAAAGGUGAAUGUGUAAGUGAAUUCUCAGUACCUUUAGAUGUGUUGACAGUAUAAGGUGUUAUUUUUUUUAAAUCCUUCGCAAAGAAAUCAAUAUAAAUCAAUUUUAAGACUCACAUUGCAGGGUGAUGAUAAAAGGAUGUAAGAUGAUUUGUAUAAAACCUGAAGUUAGCAUUAUAUUUGUGAAUCCCAAACAUUUAUUUGGAAUUAAUGCUUUACUUGAACUUGCAUUAUGGGACUUGAUUCACAGUAUAUUUGAUGUUAAAAUUUAAGUCCAUCAGAGAAUGUCAUUCUUGAUUUAUUGUACUGUACUUGCUACUGGUUGUCCUGUAUUUUGUGGGAUUUUUGGGGUUUUUUUUUUGCCUUGUCUUCUGUAAUCCUUGUGUGUUCCGAUAUAAAUAUUUCCCUUGAUUCUACUGAGUGAUGCUUGUCUGAAGAGCAUGAAAGAAUGUGCAACUUUGGUCCAUUUACAAGUCAAAUUCAGUUAUGAGAAGUACAGAUGGAAAUAAGUUGAAGGGUUUCUGGUACUUGCCCUUCUCUUGCUGGGCUGAAGACUGAAUCAAAACUUGUGCAAUGUAUGUAUUUUUCAUCUAUAAGCAUUUCUAGAAGACUUGUAAUGCUCUUGCCUUCCAGAAGAAAUUUCAGAGUACUUAAUAUUCUUUACAUUUUGCUAUGUACACUGUCUAUGCUCAUGAUGAAAUGUAGAGUUUUAAUUUAGCUUAAUAUCUGUUUCAAAUACACUUUAAAAAAAAAACUACAUUGUCACCUUGUAAAUUGUGUAUGUCACUGCGUGGAUCAAGAAAGCAGAAAGGUUUUACCUCUACAUACUGUUUUGAAAUGUCAGGAGAAUUUUAAUUUAGUCUGCAGAGGCAGCUUGUAGUCAGAAGUACCUGGCUGGAUGUUUCUGUACUUACAGCACUCUUAAGGAAGAGUUUGCUGAUGGAUUUAUAACCAGCUAUUUAUUUGAAGAAAAAUGGAAAAAAAGCUGGGGGCAUUAGAGUUACACUGGGCAUAGAGUCAUUUAUACUUGAAAUAUCUUGGAACUUCUUUACUUAGAAUCAGGGCUUUAGUCCUUUUCCUUCUCUUCAAAAAAUAUUUUUUAUUUUUUUAAAUAAAGUCAUUAUUUGGACUAGUAUAGUUUGGAAAUAUUUCUGUUUUGUCUGUGAAAAGCACUGCAAUUUUUUGUAAAAUGCAGAAUAAUAAAGGGUAAAUGUGACUUAACUAAA